AUGGACUCCAAGUUGUAUCUGGCAGAGAAUGUUCUCAAUGAGCGACGGGCUAUCACCUAUCGCUCAUUGAGUCGCGCGAUCAAAGUGCACGCCAACCGGGCCAAACAGAUUCUAUUUGAGUUCCACCGCAACGAAAAUGCGAAGAAGCCGGCGACUGUUCACGCAACCUACGUCAUCUCCGGAAUCCAAAAAGCACCCGAACCAGCACCUACAAAUGGCCAUGGAAACGAUGAGGAUGAACUUAUGCAGAGCAGUCCUUACCUGCCCAGUUCAAUGCCUAACCAAGAUGGGGCCUCGAACUCAAUCCGCACCGCUUCUAUUAUCUUACGAGCAGAUGCGAAGUUAACAUUCCAGUCGAUAUCUACAAUUCAUAUCUACAGUCUCGAGCCCACAACUCUCCCAGACUUGAACGUAUUGGUUGACGCCAGUCGGGAGAUCGCCAAUACACAUGCGCAGGAGGAUCCAUUGGAGUGCGGGAAGCAAUGGGGCAUGAUCCAGAGCCUAAAUGUCAAGCGGAGAACCGGGGCACGUCCACCCUCAGCCCCUACCCCAGCUACUAGGGUGCCAGCUGCUAAGCCAAGCCCCUCUAUCGAGUCAACAGUCCCUGCUAAACGGCCACUGCAAAAGGAGGCACCCCCAGCAAACGCGGAAGCUAGCAAGCCCGAUGACUCGAAGUCCCAGUCAUCCUCUACUACUAACUCCCAGGCAACUUCGAAGACCUCCGGCAAACCUGCGCCUCCCAAGCGCGAGAAGAGUAAUCUUUUCAGCUCUUUCGCCAAGGCAAAGCCAAAGGCAAAGGCGCCGACUCCAGCAGAACCGGCCGCACAAGAUGUUGUGCUUGACGAUGCAUCUGAAGAAGAAGAAGAAGCCGAGGAACUAUUCCCCGACAGCACCGACAAAGCAACAAUAGCAACCCGGGAGAGCAGGAAAGAGCGCGAGGAAAGACUAAAGAAAAUGAUGGACGAUGACGAGGCUGAUGACGAAGAAAUGCCCGAUGCCGAAGAGGAGCCAGAACGAGAGCCCACUCCUAUCGAGCAACCGCCACCAUCCAAGCCCGCUGAGCUCAAAGAACAUGUGACGGUAAACGGUGGACGGCGACGCGGCAAGCGUCAAGUCAUGAAGAAAACCACGGUCAAGGAUGAAGAAGGAUUCCUAGUAACUCGGGAAGAGCCGACAUGGGAGUCUUUCUCCGAAGAUGAGCCGGCGCCUAAGAAGAAACCAGCGGUCAACGUUCCCAAGGGCAAGGCUGGCAAAGCUCAGGGGCAGGGUCAAGGGAAUAUCAUGUCUUUCUUUGGCAAAAAGUGA